AUCAGUUCAAUAGCAGCUUUAAAAUAGUUCAAAUAAAAAACACAUUUUACAAUGAAAGGUAUAGCUAUCCUUGCUUUAUGCAUUUCCGCAGUCGUAUCUCUUCCUUUGGAUGUCAUUGAAGACGAAAGUGGACAAGAAUAUGUUUUAGUUCCAGUCCAUAGGGAAAGAAGAGAUUUAACAUGGGGUGCGAAUCAAAAUGGAUAUACUCUUGGUCAAAAAGGAAACAUUUGGAGUAAUGGUAAUCACCAAAUCGACGGUGCUUACACUGGUUCGAAAGCUUGGGAUUCUCAUGGGCUAAAACCAGAUUCUUUUGGAGGUCGUGUAGAGUAUACCAAUAAUCCAUCAAAAACUACUGCCUUUGUAUCCGCAGACAGGACGCCUGGAUAUGGUACUGAUGUCAACGCUGGAGUUAAAUACAAUUUUGUUAAAGACAAGCAUCUUAACGUAGAUUUAACAGGACAAUAUAGCCAGCAUCAUGGUGGGCCUGGUGGGAAUGGCAAACCCGAAGCAGGAGUAUUCUUAAACUUUGAAGCUAGACCCUAAAUCUCAACAUAGAUCAAGAAGACUGUAAUAUAUAUAUUUUAAUAAAUUAUUAUUUUUUAA